AUGGGGAAGUUCGUGAGAAGGGGUUGGGUAGUGGCGUGUGUGAUGGUGUUACUGAUGUCGACUCAAGGUUUGGGGAAAAUAUCUAGUACAGAUGGUCAUGGCAGUGGCAAAAACCGACGUCAUCAACAGGGUGAUAGUGCUGGGGAUGGUAUAGGAGUUCGAGGAGAAGAUGCUGGUGAUGGUAUAGGAGUUGGAGGUGGUGCUAGCGAUGACAUUGGAGUUGGACGUGAAAUUAGCGGAGGAGGUGGUACAGGCGGUAAUGGUGGUGACGGAGGUUCAGGUGGUGGAAGUGGAGGUGGUGGGGAAGGAGGAGCUGGCGGCGGAGGAGGUCAAGGCGGCAGUGCUGGUGGUAAUGGAGGCAAUGGUGGUGGAGGAGGUCGUGGCGGUGCAGGUGGCCGUGGAGGUGGACGUGGUGGCGGUGGUGGCGGUGAAGGUGGAGAGGGAGGUGUAGGUGGUGGUGGCGGUGGCGGUGGGGGAGGACGCCGUGGUGGACAUGGUCGUGUUGGAGCUAAUGGUAGCGUAGGAGCCGGAGGAAGAACCGGUAGAAGUGGAGGUAGCAACGUUGGCGGAGGAAGACGUGGUGGUGGAGUUGGUGGUGGCGGUAGCGUUAUUUCAGUGACGAGAAAGAAAGUAAAACUUGCUUUCAUUACCAACGAUUCAUCGAGGAAAGCAACUUUCAACAAAAGAAAGAAAGGGCUGAUGAAGAAAGUGAAUGAGCUCUCCACUUUGUGUGGUAUCAAUGCAUGUGCCAUCAUCUACAGUCCCUACGAUUCCAACCCCGAAGUGUGGCCAUCAAAUUCCGGUGUGCAAAGGAUAGUCUCAGAGUUCAGGGCGCUUCCAGAAAUGGACCAACAAAAGAAGAUGGUGGACCAAGUAACCUUUCUCAGACAAAGGAUAGCGAAAGUGUCCGAUCAUUUCAGGAGAGAAAGAAAAGAUAACCGGGAGCUAGAGAUGAUUGAAGUCAUGUUCCAGUGUUUGUUAGGAAACAUGGGAAAGUUUCAUAUGAAUAUCAUGGAUCUUAAUGAUUUAGGUUAUUUGAUUGACCAAUAUAUGAAAGAUAUUAAUCACAGGUUUGAGAUUUUACAGAACUCUGGGAUGGAGAUCGGCGAGUCUUCCAAUGCUGGUGCGGCGGUCGGGACUACCUUUGAAUGGACUGGAUCAAUGGAAGUCAUGGCGUCUACAACCCCACCAACCACCACUAUUAAUGAGGCCGGUUCUUCAUCAUUGGCAGCUUUUCUAAACCCUCUUCAACAACAACAACAUCACCAACAAUUUCGUUAUCCGUCAUCUCCACAUGUUGGACUCUAUGAGCAGCCUCCAAGUUUGAAUUUAAACCUAAAUCAGAACUAUAGUCAGAACCAACAUCAAUGGUUUAUGGACAUGACGCACCACCAGCCUGAACCAUUGAACUAUGCAGAUGCUGAUCAGCAAAGGGGUUUUCUAUUUAUGGAUGAUAACCACCAACCCCAACACCAGCAUGAUCAACAGAUCCUUGGUGAUUCGUCCACUGUUUCAACCGUCGCUACUACAAGCAGCACGAUCCCCGUUACCAAUCCAAGUCCUACCAAUAAUACAUGGUUUCGUUAGUAUUUCCUUUCUAUGUGGUCUUAUUAGACUUUAAGAGUGGCUGAGUGUGUUUCAAGUUCUAGUAAGCAAAACAAAUAAUUAUAUUCAAAUGUUCUUUUCAUUAUAGUUUUAUUAUAUUUUGUGAUGACUAUGGGUUUUCAGUUUUCAGUGUUAUUGGACUUGUGAUAUCCUCGUUUUUUUUAAUAAAGAAUUUGUGAUAUUCUCGUUUU